GGUAUACUCAAAAAUUCGCAACAUUUUACCUCCAAAAUGUCGAAAGGAGAGCCAGAUCAAGAAUUAAAAAAGGCCUUUAUGGAGCUACAAGGCAAAAUGCAGGAGACUAACCAGAAACUUCGCAUUGCUGAUGUUCGUGAGAGUCUUAAGAAGCAGAUAGUCCAUGCUCAACUUACAGAUAAGGAAAUACAGAGUCUUGGAGAAAACACUAGAGUGUAUGAAAGUGUGGGGCGUAUAUUCCUUUUGACAGAUAUUCCUAUGGUACGUGAAAACCUGAAAGCCAAAGUUUCAAAAUGCAAUGACAAAAUUACUAAUUUGCAGGCGAAUAAAGAAUACCUUGAACGCAGCAUGGCAGAAAGCCAAAAUAACUUGAGGGAGCUUAUUAAACAAAAGCAGUCAGUUGGUGCAGCUUAAUGGCUCUUGAAUGAAAUCGAAACAAGCUGAAACCAAAUUUAACUUUCAGCCCCUAAAUUUCUAGGAUAUUGUCGUUGGUAUCUUCAAAUUUUCUUUGUCCACUUGCAAAACAAACAAUAUUAUACAUGAAUCAUUACCACAGAGUCUUAUAUUUGUAUUAGUAUCCAUGUAGUUAUAUAUAUGGUCAUUGGCCAAAAUCACAUUCAGUAUGUUUUUGGGUUGUGUGUUUAUUAAAAGGAGUGAUGUAAUAACUCAUACAUUCACUUUUUUUUCUGAUAAAUUUCAAAAGGCAUGCAGUUCACAAAAGCUCAUUGAAGUGAUACCUAUAUAAACUAAUGUGUAAUUAUUUGCACAUGAAUUGCCACUGAUAUUGUUAACUCUUGUGGGGCUGAGGUAUGCUGUAUUUUGUGCAGCAUCCUUAUUAUCUAAUGCUAAAGUAUUUGAUUUGUACUUUGUUUUUUGAUAGUAUAAUCAUAUUUCAUUUUUUUUUUUAUAUAUUUGCUUGGAUUCAUUUUCCAGAUUAUAUUCAUUCAGCUUGGUAGAUUUCUUAGCUAGGCUUUAUUGUUAUGCACACUGUACCACAUACUUCUUUCUAAUGUAUCGUCUUAAUUGCACAUUAAUAGUUUAAGUAAAAAUAAAAAUAUACAAAG